AAAAAAAGAAAGAAAUAGUUGGGGAAUUUAUUACUUGUCGAGGAAACAAAACCCCAUGAAGAUUUUUUUGGUGGCUGAUGAGGAAUGAGGAUUUAAUGGACCCUAUUUCUCUACCACUUUUAGCUGCCAAGAAGAAAGACACCCAAAGGAGGCAAUGGGGUUUGGUUUUAGGCUGAACCUCCUCAAGUCCGGCUUCCCACUUCAGCGUUCGCACUGGCAAACUGCUUCUUCUCCUUCCAAGCUCUCUUCUGCUUCUGUUAGAGGCAGGGAGGGCUCUUUCAACUCAGCAAGGCUGUCAUUUCUGUCAAUUAUUUCUGAGGAAGGCGAGACUUCCGGUAAAGAUACUCUGAAAAUCUACUCUUGCUCAUCUGCUUCCCCACAAAUCUUAGAGGAUGGCUUCUCAAAUUUGGAAGAGAUAAGAUUUAGGAGGGUGCCAAAGAGUAGUUCAUCAAAUACGACUGGGAAUAACCAGAUGCCUGACGGUGACUUUAGAUCCAGCAAAGGCUUAGAAGCUUGCAGUGCAGCUCAUUUUAGUUUGUUACUGAAAAAUCUUGAUGCUCUGGAGGAGACUUUUGCUAAUUCGGAUGUGUUAAAGUUGGAAAAUGAGAUACUUUCGCAGUUAGGAAGGCUUGGAGCUCUACAGUUAUUCAAUGCCUAUCUGUCGAGAACUCUUACAUCUUCAAGUUUUUUGGAUUUGUCUGACAUACCUACGGUACCCAUUGAAGAGUAUAAGAUGGAUAAGAAAGUAGAUAAUGACAGAGGCAAGACUAUUGUUUGGUCUGGGAAGAAGGAAGAACGAAGAUCAAGGAAAAGAGCAUCAGAUAAUGCUAGAGUUUCUUCUGAAUUAUUGUCUCCUAAAACAACUUGGGAAGGUUUUAAGCCGCCUACUGUUUCAUCAGCAAAAAGAGCAUCAACUUCUCGAAGGAGAAGACCUACAAUUGUUCUAAAUGAGGCAGAACUGUCAACCGGGGUUAAGGUGAUCGCCAAAUUGGAGAGAGUUAAGGCAACUUUGGAAAAGGAAACUGGUACCGUAGCUACCUUAAGUUGCUGGGCGGAAGCAGCUGGAGUACACAAGAAGGUGCUGUUACAGAAAUUGCAUUUUGGUUGGUAUUGCCAGGAUGAGCUUAUAAGGAGCACUCGCUCCUUAGUCCUAUACCUAGCUAGAAGCUAUAGAGGGCUAGGCGUAGCCAUGGAUGAUUUACUGCAGGCUGGAAACUUGGGUCUCCUGCAAGGUGCAGAAAGGUAUGAUCCCUCGAGGGGUUACAGAUUUUCAACCUACGUCCGGUAUUGGAUAAAGAAAUCAAUGUCAAGAUUGGUGGCACGGCAUGCUAGGGGGAUCCAAAUUCCUUUCACGCUAAGCAAGGCAAUAAAUCAGAUACAGAAAGCUCGCAAAGCCACUUACAACAGCCAAAUGAAAUACCCCGACGAUGAUGAAAUUGCAAAGAUUACAGGUCUUUCUUUGGCGAGAAUCAAAUCAGCUAGCACAUGCUUGAGAGUUGUGGGUUCGAUAGAUGACAAGAUGUGGGAUAGCUCUGCUGGGACAUUUAUGGAAUUUACAGCGGACAAAUCAAUAAAGAGCCCUGAAGAAACUGUAACGAGGCAACACAUGAAAAAAGACAUUCAUGAUCUGCUCAAGUGCUUGAACUCGAAGGAGAGGCAAGUGUUGGUGCUGCGAUAUGGACUAAACAACUACGACCCCAAGUCACUCGAGGAGAUUGGAAAGCUUUUCGAUGUGAGCAAGGAGUGGAUACGGAAGAUAGAAAAGAAAGCUCUCACGAAGCUAAGGGACGAUGAAACACACAGAAGUUUAAGCCAUUACUUGAAUAACUAGUAGAUUCAGAGUAACACGAAAAAGAGCAAGUCAUUCUGAGUUUCUCUAUCAGAAUCAUGGGUGACCUUCGGUUUUGUUCCGCGCCAAAAUUUCAGCUCACAACACUACCAUGGGAAUUUUUCCGUUCUCUCAUGUGAAGAUCAUAUGCUGUUGUAUUGUAUCCUUAGCAUUCUUUCAUUUCCCUUGGUGGGAUUGUAUAGUAUAGAGGCGGCCGUAUGGCGCGUAUUGUAUAUUUGAUCAAAUGGUGGUGUUUAUACACAAGGGAUUGCUCUAAUGACGCGGUUAAACUCCGUUAAUCUAGCUUAUUUGAUGAAUGCUAAAUUGAUUCCCUCCGGA